AUGGCGGUGGGAGGUAGCGAGCGCCAGUGCGCGACCGACUGCAUCAGCUACUGCCGAAUACGGGCACGGGCACGGGCACGACGGCAGUGGCAGUUGAAGGCGGCUGCGGUGUCGGUCUUGGCGGUGACCCGAGAGGACCUGCAAGUGUUCCACGAGUACGGGGAGAGUUGGUACCUAUCUUUCAAGGAGCUGGAGAGCCGCUUCCUGCCACGCGAGCCGCUCGCCCGGCAGCCGCAGGUGACGGCAGAGGGGCGCUGCAAGCUGGUCGGCUGGCUCAUCCCCCUGAACAAUUACUUCAGACUCUCCUUCGAAAGUCUCUGCCAAGCCGUCAACAUACUGGACCGCUUUCUCGUCAGCACACCCGUGGCCACUGACUGCUUCCAGCUUUUGGGCUUGACUGCGGUGCUCAUUGCUAGCAAACAGGUGGAGAUAGAGCCCCCCAUGAUGGAGGAGCUCCUCGCCCACUGCAGAGGCGCGUUCAGCCGCCAGCAGCUCUGCAACUUGGAGUGCAUCGUCCUAAGCCGCCUGAAUUUCGACCUGGCGGCCCCCACCAUCAGCUUCUUUCUGGAGUACUUCCACCUAAUACGGCUGGAGUCUUCGUGUACCGACUGUCAGGAGGCGGCGGAUGCCCGGAGCCUGGCCGUGGGGAUCGCGAAACUCAGCCUGGCUGACUACUUCUUCAUCAAUUACGCACCUUCCCUUCUGGCUGCCGGCAGCCUGGGGCUGGCGGACCGGCUGCUGCAUCACCGCAAACCUGCGAACCUGGAGGUCAGCGGCUACCCGGAGGAGAUCCUGGAAGACUGCAUAGCCCAGCUGCAGAUCUUGGUGGCCCUAAACGAGUGCUCUCUGUCGACUCUCCUGCCCUCGGAGGUGGCUCGGAAGUGCCCCUGGAAUGAGGACAGCCGCUGA